AUGUUGCCCCAGCUGCCACUGCUGCUCCUCUUGCUGGUGGCCCCACAAUGGGGGCACGGCUGCCAGGGGACAGAGCUGGACCGGGAACUUGUCCUGGCCAAGAUGAGGGCCCUGUUCCUGGAUGCCUUGGGACCUCCGGCAGUGACCGGUGAAGGUGGGGAUCCUGGAGUCAGGCGGCUGCCCCGAAGACAUGCUGUGGGGGGCAUCAUGCACAGGGGCCCCGAGCCUGAGGAGGAGGAGGUCUCCCAGGCCAUCCUUUUCCCAGCUACAGGCUCCAGCUGUGAGGGCCAGCCCGCUGCUGCGAGGGAGCGUGUCCCGGAGGCCGAGGGGGGUCUCUUCUCCUACAUGUUCCGGCCGUCCCAGCACACACGUAGCCGCCAGGUGACUUCGGCCCAGUUGUGGUUCCACACGGGACUGGAGAGGCAGGGCACAGCAGCCUCGAAUAGUUCUGGACCCCUGCUAGGCCUGCUGGCCGUGUCAUCACGGGGUCCCAUGGCUGUGCCCAUGUCCUUGGGCGAGGCGCCCCCCCGCUGGGCUGUGCUGCACCUGGGCCCCUCGGCACUGCCCCUGCUGACCCAUCCCAUCCUGGUGCUCCUGCUGCGCUGCCCUCUCUGCUCCUGCUCAGCCCGGCCUGAGACCACGCCCUUCUUGGUGGCCCACACGCGGGCCAAGCCCCCGACCGGAGGGGAACGAGCCCGACGUUCGACGCCUCCGCUGCCCUGGCCUUGGUCCCCCGCUGCACUGCGCCUGCUGCAGAGGCCUCCAGAGGAGCCCGCUGCCCAUGCGCACUGCCACCGGGCUGCCCUCAACAUCUCCUUCCAGGAGCUGGGCUGGGACCGGUGGAUCGUACACCCACCCAGUUUCGUCUUCCACUAUUGUCACGGUGGCUGUGGGCUGCCCACCCAACCAGACCUGUCGCCACCGGUCCCUGGACCUACCCCCACCCCCGUUCAGCCCCUUUUCCUGGUGCCAGGGGCCCAACCCUGCUGUGCGGCUCUCCCGGGGACCAUGAGGUCCCUCCAUGUCCGCACCACCUCAGAUGGGGGCUACUCCUUCAAGUAUGAGACAGUGCCCAACCUUCUCACGCAGCACUGUGUUUGUGUCUAA